UGUUCUAAUCUUCACUCUUCUAUUUAUCAUCCAAAAUAAGCAAACUCCAAGAUAUUAGAAAUGAUGAUAGGCUUGGACCUUUCAACUUCUUUACUCCUUUGCCUUGUUCCUUUCCUCUUCCUCUUCUUCAUCAAUCUUUUCCCAUCCAAAUCAACCAAAAUCCCAAAAUCUUAUCCAAUUAUUGGUUCCUAUUUCUCAAUCUUAGCAAAUAAAGAACGUCGAAUUCAAUGGACUUCUGAUGUUAUUCAAACCACUUCUAAUCUCACUUUCACUCUAAUUCGUCCUUUUGGUUUUCGUCAAAUAUUUACUGCUAACCCCUCGAAUGUUCAACAUAUCCUCAAAACAAAAUUUCAUAUUUACCAAAAAGGUGAUGUAUUUAAAACAACCAUGUCAGAUUUUCUUGGUGAUGGUAUAUUUAACGUGGAUGGUGAAAUUUGGAAAGACCAAAGACAAGUUGCUAGCCAUGAAUUCAACACAAAAUCACUACGCAAAUUCGUCGAAAACGUUGUUGAUGCAGAACUAAACGAACGGUUGAUUCCAGUUCUUGCUAAUGCCGUUGCUGAAAAAAAAGUUCUUGAUUUUCAAGAUAUAUUACAAAGGUUUGCUUUUGAUAAUAUUUGUAAAAUUGCUUUUGGUUAUGAUCCUGCUUAUUUAUUACCAUCUCUUCCACAAGCAAAAUUCGCAGUUGCUUUUGAAGAAGCUGUUAGAUUAAGCAGUGAAAGAUUCAAUGCUAUUUUUCCUUUUCUAUGGAAAAUUAAAAGAAAAUUGAACAUUGGAACUGAGAAGAAAUUUAGGGUUGCUGUGGAUGAAGUUCGUCAAUUUGCAAAACAACUCGUCAAAGAAAAACAAAGAGAAUUGAAUGAAAAAUCAUCACUUGAUUCAGUGGAUUUAUUAUCAAGAUUUUUGAGCGUGGGACAUAAAGACGAAGAUUUUGUUACAGAUAUUGUGAUAAGUUUUAUAUUAGCUGGUCGUGACACAACAUCUGCUGCUUUAACAUGGUUUUUCUGGUUAAUUUCUGAAAACCCUAAAGUAGAAGACGAAAUCUUGCGUGAAAUUAAUACGAAGUCUGAAAGUCCAGUGUAUGAUGAAGUGAAGGACAUGAUAUACACACAUGCUUCACUUUGUGAAAGCAUGAGAUUUUAUCCACCAGUUCCAGUGGAUACUAAAGCAGCAAUAGAGGAUGAUAUUUUACCAGAUGGUACAUUUGUGAAAAAGGGUACAAGGGUAACUUAUCAUCCUUAUGCUAUGGGUAGAGUGGAGAAAUUAUGGGGUAAAGAUUGGGCAAAGUUUAGACCAGAAAGGUGGUUAGAUAACGAUGAAAUGUCAAGAAAUUGGACUUUUGUGGCUAGGGACACGUAUACAUAUCCUGUAUUUCAAGCAGGGCCAAGAAUUUGUUUAGGUAAAGAAAUGGCAUUUUUGCAAAUGAAGAGAGUUGUGGCCGGUGUAUUAAGACGGUUUAAGGUGGUUCCAGUGAUAGAAAAAGGCGUUGAACCAAUCUUUGUGUCAUAUCUCACUGCGAAAAUGAAAGGUGGUUUCCAUGUGACAAUUGAAGAUAGGGAAAGUAAGGAUUUUUAAUUUGAUCUUUCAGAUAUCAUGGCCAAAAAAGAAUUAUUUAAAAUAUUCAUAGUGUUUUAUACACUCCUAUUGCUUCUUCCACUUGCCUUAAAACUGCUUUGGAUUUUGUGACAUUUAUUUAUGUCUUUAUUACGUAUAAUAUAAAGCUUAGCUGUAAGUGCGUAAUUGUUUGGGUCA